GAGUGCAAACGUUUACGAAAAAUGCAAAUCAUGUUUGGAACAAUUUUCUGUGUUUUAUUGAAAGAUUUAGUAUUGACAAAGGCAACUAUCACACUGAAGGAUUUUACCACUUCAAAUAUCCUCCAACAAGAAAAUGUUUCCAUGCGUCCGGAGUUAAAUUUUACGCAGAAUAUUUCAAUGUCCGAGAAAAGUGAUCAUCAUAUACUAAAUAUCAAAUCUGACCGGAGUCAUUCUGAUAGUACUGUAAGAAAUGAGCGGGAAGUCGAUGAAGCGAUACUUGCAAAUAUUUCUAUCAUCCCAGAAUCUAUUGAAAGCAGUUUGGACAAGCCAACAUCUCUCAGAGCAUUUGUACAAUAUGACAGUCAAUUUACAGAAAAAGUAAACGACAUUUUUGUGACAUUGAGAUGGAACCAACCAGAAUUUGCCGAUGAAAUAAUACAAGUGUACCAAGUGCAGUGUUCUUUCUUCGAGGACUUUAAAGAAACCUGCGACGAUAAAAAUAUCACAGCUACAAAAUUGGAGCACACGGUGCACAAUCUAUCAUCUAACACGACAUAUUAUUUUCGAGUACGUGCGCAUACUAAAAUUGUUGCUGGUCCUUACACGGAUUUAAUCAAUGUGUCGACUACACAUGAAAAUCCAAUACCUAAAUUAUUACUCAUAACGGAUCUAGAUACGAAAAUAUUGGACGUGGAUUUAAACGUUACUAAUUUCGUAAUGCAAGCAUAUAGAUCCAUUGUUUUUGCAAGAUAUGUCACUUAUUUGAUACAAGAACAUAGAAUUUAUUGGAGUAACGGAAAAGAUCUACUGACAUUGAAGAUUAAUGAAAAUAAUAUCACAAAAAUUGCUAGCUUUCCUAAUACUCUACAUAAUCUCUGCAUUGACUGGGUAGCAAGAAAUUUAUAUUUCACCUAUCAAUGGUCAGGCUAUUAUAUUGUAAAGUUUGACUUAACAAUGUGGGAAAAUGGCAUAAUUAAAUUUAAUGAGAUUCUCGAAGAAGACAUUCCAAUCCAUUAUUUAAAUGUAUCACCGUUUAUGGGCGAUUUGUACAACGAGAGUUUAAGCAAGAUCGUUCACAUAUCCUCAGAACCAAACAAUAUUACUUUGGACGAGGUCGACAUAAAUAGCAUGAUCAUUUCAUGGAUCUCCAACAUUAAUCUGACGAUCUUUUGUAUACUGGAAUACAAAGAGAUUGCAGCAGAAAAGUGGCAAACAAUGAAGAAUUUUAAAACGAAUUAUAUUCCGAGCACUCCUGGAAUAAUAGCGAAUAAAUAUGACUUAUUAUUGAUGUUAAGUUUCAUGGUUAUAGUUCCUAUAAUCUGCGUUUUCUACAUUUAUCGUUUGUAUCGUCAACGCAGAGGUAAUAAUGAACAAUUUUUGUCUUCAACAAUGACCGAUAUAGAAUUGGCGAUUCUACAUGAAGUACCUUGGCGAAACACUCUGGAUGAAUGUGCGAUAACUAAAAUUGCACGAAAUCAAAUAACACUUACAAAACAUCUUGGUAGCGGCGCAUUCGGAACGGUGUUUCAAGGAAAGUUGAAGGACUUAGAAAAAUCGGGCACAGAUAUAUCCGUUGCAAUAAAAACGCUUCGAAAAGAUGCUUCUUCCCAUGAGAAAGAGAAAUUAUUGUUGGGCGCUUGUUUAGAUGGAGAUUCUCCGUUACUAGUGUUGGAAUUGAUGGAAACUGAUUUGUUAAAAUAUUUGAGAGAAUGUCGAAAUUUGCAAUCGUCAGAUUCGCAUGCUCUGCGUUUGCAAGAUUUGUUCGCCAUGUGCGAAGAUGUUGCGCGAGGUUGUUGUUACUUGGAAAAGUUGCGUUUCAUACAUAGAGAUCUAGCGUGUCGCAAUUGUUUAGUAUCUUCGAGAAAUCGCGAGAAUCGUAUAAUCAAAAUUGGAGAUUUUGGACUAGCUAGAGAUAUCUACAAGGAUGAUUAUUAUCGCAUGGAAGGAGAAGAUUUGCAUCCUAUUCGCUGGAAGGCACCCGAAUCUUUGAUGAUCAGAAAAUUUACUUCUCAAAGAGAUGUUUGGUCAUUUGGGGUAUUAAUGUGGGAAAUUACAUCGUUGGGUGAGAAACCUUAUAGUGCCAAGGCUAAUCAAGAAGUGAUAAAUUAUGUACGUGCUGGAGGCAGGUUGCCGAUGACUCUUAACUGUCCGUCACCAUUGUACCAGUUGAUGCUACGUUGCUGGAGUGCAGCGGAUGCUAGACCAAAUUUCGAAUUUUGUCUGAAAAAUAUUAUAGCAUUAAGAAAGAACAUAGAAGAUGCCUUACUAAGUCCAGUCGAUACUAUUUAGCCGAUAUAUUUAAAUUAAUGUUUAUCUUAUUUUCCAAACGAUUCAAUAAAUCUUAAUGUACAAAAAAUAUUUCUAGGAUAUUUCUAAAUUGA